AUGUUGUUCUUAUGCUACGUUUUGACCACGGGAUCGCAACUUAAUACGCAAAGCGGCAACAUCAGAAAUCCCAAUACCGAAUACCCAACCCUGGAAAUCCCAUUAUAUUUCUUUUAUUUGGUUUUGUGGCUUCAGUGGGAGAGGGUCUUUGGAGCAUGCAUGAAACGCGAUGUCCAGGAAAAUGAUGAAGAAGCAGUGCAAGUCAAAGAGCAGAGCAUCCUGGAACUGGGGUCACUUUUGGCCAAGACUGGGCAGGCAGAAGAGCUGGGAGGACUUCUGAAGUAUGUUCGACCCUUCUUGAACUCUAUCAGCAAAGCAAAGGCAGCCCGCUUAGUCCGAUCUCUGCUCGAUCUGUUCCUUGAUAUGGAGGCAGCAACAGGACAGGAGGUUGACCUGUGUUUAGAGUGUAUUGAAUGGGCCAAAUCAGAGAAGAGGACUUUCCUACGCCAGGCUCUGGAGGCGAGGCUGGUCUCCUUGUACUUCGAUACCAAGAGGUACCAAGAAGCACUGCAGCUAGGCUCCCAGCUUCUUCGGGAAUUGAAAAAGAUGGACGACAAGGCAUUGCUGGUGGAAGUGCAACUGUUAGAAAGUAAGACUUACCAUGCCCUGAGCAAUCUGCCAAAAGCAAGAGCAGCCUUAACCUCUGCGCGGACUACAGCCAACGCAAUCUACUGUCCACCUAAGCUGCAAGCAGCGUUAGACAUGCAGUCAGGUAUUAUCCAUGCAGCAGAAGAGAAGGACUGGAAAACAGCCUAUUCAUAUUUUUACGAGGCAUUUGAGGGAUAUGAUUCAAUUGACAACCCAAAAGCCAUCACUGCGCUGAAAUACAUGUUGCUGUGCAAAAUCAUGUUGAACAUCCCGGAAGAUGUGCAGGCAUUAGUGAGUGGAAAGCUCGCUCUGCGGUAUGCAGGAAGACAGACAGAAGCACUAAAAUGUGUGGCACAGGCCAGCAAGAACCGAUCGCUGGCAGAUUUUGAAAAGGCUCUGACAGACUAUAAGGUGGAGCUCAGGGACGACCCCAUCAUAAACACCCACUUGGCUAAGCUCUAUGAUAACUUAUUGGAACAGAAUCUGAUCAGAGUCAUCGAACCCUUCUCCAGAGUACAGAUUGAACACAUAUCCAGCCUCAUCAAGCUCUCAAAGGCUGAGGUAGAAAGGAAACUGUCACAGAUGAUCUUGGACAAGAAAUUUCAUGGCAUCCUUGACCAAGGCGAGGGAGUCCUGAUCAUCUUCGACGAACCCCCUGUAGACAAAACUUAUGAAGCUGCCCUCGAGACUAUUCAGAAUAUGAGUAAAGUAGUGGAUUCGCUCUACAACAAAGCCAAGAAGCUAACAUAGAGUUGAAUUUGCUAGCUGUCAUUUGGAGAGUGUGUGUGACAGGAGAGUGAAACCUUUGGGAAAAUGUUAGGAGACUUUUUUUUUUCUUUGUUCUACUUUUCGCUCGGAAAGUUUUUAAACUUCCUCAUCCAGUGCAUCUUGUAUUCCAUACGAUGCGUGUUCCAGUUUCCAUGUAAUCUUUACUGGCCGAACUUUGUAUCUGGGGGGGGAAUAUUGUUUAAACAAAGAGGGUAUUCUAAAUAAAAGGAAAAAGGCUUACACUACCUAAA